AUGGAGGUAGUUGUAAGAGAGAUCACCCCUCCACUUCUGAAGGCAUCGCAUGGAAAAUUCCAUUUACUUCCUACAGGUGAACUUCUGAUCCAUAGUUUAGAAUUCAGUGAUCAAUUCUUAAGUUAUAGAUGUAGGACAAUGCAUAGACUAACUAGACAAGUGGUUGUAAGUUCAUCAGCGAAUGUCAGAAUAUCAGAUCACAGAGGAGUCCUACCCCCUAUCAUUUUAGAACAUUCUGGAGUUAUUUACAUUUCUCAAGAUGAAUCUACAUCAAUGGUUUGCGUAGCUAAAGCUUGCCCAUCAGCGGAUUAUAGCCAAAAGACCUAUGAUUAA